AAUAAUUUUGAAGUGUAAGAAUAAUUGAGACUAUUGAUGUUGUCUAUAAUGUUCAUUUCUGAAUUUGGAGCAGAUAUUACAAUUAAACAAAUUUUCUCUGAAGAAACACAGUCUGAUAUCGGAUGUAUCAAGCUGCCUCAGCCAUAUGUUUAUUAUUAUUGUUAUUAUUAAAGCCCCCAAAACAUUUGUUGAAGUAUGUAGCAAGAAGAAAAUUAACGGUGAAAUGAAUUAAACAGUAAUUUAGGACUAUGCAAAAUUAUUAGUGACUCGCUCUGAAUGGGAAUGGCCCCAUUCAGCCCUUGGGAAGAUUUGAAAAAAAGGUUAUCAAUAAUGCUGAGUAGAUAUUGAUUGAAAGGUAUGGAUAAAUACGAGGUCAUAGGAUUGGUUGGAGAAGGAUCUUAUGGACAGGUAAUAAAAUGCCGGCACAAGGACUCGGGGCAGUUGGUAGCAAUAAAGAAAUUUAUAGAGACAGAAGAAGACCAGUCUGCAAGAAAGAUGGCACUAAGAGAAAUAAGGAUGUUGAAAAGACUUCGCCAUGAUAAUUUGGUAAAUAUGCUUGAAGUGUUUCGGAGGAAGAAGAGAUUCCACCUUGUGUUUGAAUUCAUGAAGGAGACACUGCUUGACAAGUUUGAACAAUUGCAUGGUCUAUCUGAGUCAAAAACGAGAGAAUACACUUAUCAGAUUAUCCGUGGGUUGGAUUUCUGCCAUAAUAACAAUAUUGUACAUAGGGACUUGAAACCAGAGAAUGUAUUGGUAUCAACUAACGAUGUCAUCAAGCUAUGUGAUUUUGGAUUUGCAAGGUUCAUAACUAUUUCUCAAGACCCAUUUACUGAGUAUGUAGCGACAAGAUGGUACAGGGCACCUGAGCUUUUGGUCGGUGAUGUAAAAUAUGGAAGGGCUGUGGAUAUUUGGGCAUUAGGCUGUAUGAUGUUAGAGAUGCUUACAUCCGAACCACUUUUUCCGGGUGACUCAGAUAUAGACCAGUUGUACAAAAUAACAUCAGUUAUUGGGAAUUUGACUCCAAGGCAAAUGCAAUGCCUGCGUACAAGAUUAGAUACUGGCUUCAUGACCAGCAGAAUAGAUGAAGGUGCAGAAGUAGUCAACCAAUUACAGCAUGUGGAAGAUGAAGAUGAGGUGCCAAAAGGCUAUUUAGCUUUAAAGAAAAUGUAUCCUAAGGUGGAAAAUAGAACACUCCAUAUAAUCUCAUCGUGUUUGAGAAUGGAUCCAUCAGAGAGGUUGAAGAGCCACCAGCUUUUCACGCACGUCUAUUUCACAUGGGAUCAAUUUCCCAGAAGGUUCCUCCCAGAACUUUACCGCAAGAUUGAACUUGACAACUUGAAAAGACCAGUAGUUUCUCAAGUCCCCUGUUCACCACCAACUGACCACACAGAACUACUAGCAGCUUCAGUGAGUUGUCCAAAACUCACAGACUGGAAAAUAGAUUUAGUUCCAGUACCAAAACAGCAAAGUAAUGAAUCAAUGAAGCCACCUACGAUUAGUAAAUCUUCAUAUUCAACAUUGCCUCUCCAAUUUCAACAAUCACCUAACCUUACAAGUUCUGAUGCUGGACAAGUUGAUCAAGUGACAGAGCGAGUAGAGCCUUCUCCAUCAAUACCACCAUUAGAAAGUGAGAUAACUUCUGUGAAGGAAGAAUUAAUGCCGGGCUUGUUAAGAAACUGCAAGCUUAUGGCAAGAUAUAGAAGGGACAUACUACCCCAGACGAAGCACAUUCUUCAAAUCAACGGCAGGCUUGCUGAUAACGAUUCAAUCGUGAACACUAUCUGUCCUGCUAUCCCGCAAAAACCUAAGCCUAAGGAUUUUUGCUUACCUGAUCUUCCUGGAGUGGAUCCUAAGAAACGGAAAAAAGAGUCAAUACUGUUUACAGCUCCGUUUCAGAACAUGUUAAAUUCAAAGCCUCCAAAACUCGGCAAGUGGUGUUAUCUUCCCAAAUGACUCUUAUAGCCAUCAGAUGUGGACAGCAUGUGCUUACACUUUGCAAGAAGGAAACUGUCGUAUUGUUCGAUAUGCGACAGUCCUGAUAAUAAAUGUGAGACCGGAUCAUCAUCAUAUCCCAAGCUUGAUUAAUUUCCUCUCAAGAUUGUGUCUAUAUUUCAUUUUAUAAUUUCUAAUUUUCCCAGAGCGCUGAUAUAGGGAGUCAAUAUAUGUUUGUAAAUAUUACUGUUAUAAAUAAUAAAAUAUAUGAAUUAUU